UCACACUGUGCUGAGAGGAGCGGGUGCUUGUUAUGGCCCACAACAGAACUGGCGUGAGACAUAGACAGCUGCUGAACACAUGAGAGUGAACGGCGGUGAGCAACUGGGACGUCAUGAAACCAAACUGGAACAAGAAGAGCACCAAGCAGAUCCACUGAAGAGUUCCUGUCCGACAGUUUUGGAGCGAGGGUGACGUGGAUCCCACAAGAAGGACUGACCUCCUGCGACGCGCAUCGGAGGGUAUGGGGAGAUUAGCGCGCCGCUCCUGGACCCCUGCCAGGGUUUAAUGGAGCAGUAGUAAAUGAACUGACGGAGAUGCUUGAUGACCAACAACGACCCAAAACACUCAGGCUUUACUUAAAAACUGGGACAGGCUGAUUUACCCUAAGCUGUUUCAGAUCCAAACGAUUCUAUACCGGUUAUGAAAUUAAUUCAGAUUAACUGCAAAUGCACCGAUCAAAACAAAAUUAAAAAAAAAGGCAAGGAAGCAUAUCCUGAUUCACACAGUCACAAUGUAUUCACAGUCUCAGUUUAUGCUUUCCUGCAAUAAGCGCUGGCUACAAGUCAAGAAUGUGAACAACAGGGGUCCGAUAAGAGGUAGGGCAGAGGGGUGGGGGGUGAGCCACAGAUCUGAAUUCCCAUGAAUCACUUGGUGCAGUGACCAUUAGGUGCUAGAAUUCGAGUUGACCCGGGAAGAGGCUGUAUCCUGGCACUAAUGAAUCGGAGAGCUACAUGGUAUGACCCUCUCAUGGCAAAAUCCCACAACACAAGCUAGUUCUCUCUGUAAAGUGAGUAUCAUGAGGGUGAACAGGAAUCGAGUCCCGGACUGAAAAAGCUAAACAGAUAUUGGAGGGAUUGCUAUGAAACCAGAUACAGGCAUUCAUGUUCCUCGGAGGAUGAUCCCCUGACUCGACCUACACAACUAUUGGUAGUUGUGGGUGUUUUAUUAAUGCUACAGCCUCAGAUCCGCUAUCUUUGCUGUACACAUGUACUACAAGAGUCUACAAUGUGAAAUUGUUAAAGAAUAAAUAUGUAACAUUUCCUAAAUUAUGUGUCCAAAAUUCACUAGACCUAUGUUUUAUAUUAUGUGGACUUGUGUACUAACAUUAUCCAAAUUCUCAUUAUCGCCCCAAUUUUAUUUAGGGUCAAUAUUUAAUUUCGUCAUAUCUGCUUCUGCUAAAGAAAUUAAAGGACUUAAAACACACAUUUCAAACAACAUAAGACAAAGGAAAAACCCACUGCUAGCCAGUUAGCCGCUACUAGCCAGUUAGCCAGUCAGCUUAUUUCUCCUUCUGCUGUUUGUAUUAGUCAUGUGUAAGGAUCACGAUUGUUCAGUGCAACAAGCUCUGUCACUGAAGCUCUCCUAAUAAAUAAACCCAAGAAGAUUGUGUGAAAAGAAAUGUUGGGGAAGACAACAACUCCCAUGAUUCCACUCUACUUCACAACAUCAUCAAACUAGGUGACCACUAGAGGCUUAAGUCACAUAUUGUACAUUUAAAUGUGGACAAUAUUUUGUGGCACAUGUGCCCAAUAAAUAAGGAGGUUAAAAUGUUAUUCUGUGCCUCAAGGGCAUCAGCAGAACGGCAUCGAUGAACACAAGGCUUCGAGUUAAUCCAUCGUUGUCUAUGAUUUGUGCCAAAAUCAGGCAAGCAGGUCAGAACCUCUGACCCCGGGUUCCAAACAGUGUCGGAAAGAUUAUGUUCAGUAUACUGUAUGAACAGCAAGUGACCCAGCGUGACCCUGCCAUGACACUCAAGUAACAUCUAGGAACUAAAGGAGACGGAGAGCUCUUCCAUUAUGUGGGGUCUCAGUUCAUCACACUGCAGCCGAACCCAGUCUAAUCCGCACCACUUAAGAGCCUCUGCAGUAUCUACUUAAAGGGACAUUAUGCAGGAAAUGUUAUGCAAAUGGAUGUUUAUCGCCUCAUCCCUGCGUCAGCCACUUGUUUUGUGGCCUGUCUGCAGUGUGCCUUGCUGAUUGCUGGCUUAGGGAGGAGCAUAAUCUUUUAACACCUAUCUGACAGAUUUGUCUAUUGUUGUCAGAUUAGACAUGAGCCUGAAACUUCAGUCGGCUGCUGCAUAUUUUCUUUCUAACAAGCAGAGCAGUGCUUCAGGGAGACACGGGGGGGCUGCGAUGUUUGAGUUUACCAUAGUGCAUCUUUGCAUAAAUUUGCAGGAGUCAGUCCAGAUGAGUGGGGUGAUUUCUUUGUUGGUACAUUGGGGGGUCUCCUAAUCUGUACACAUGGAGAGACCCUUACUAAGCAGAUUACCUCUAUAAAUCUAUGUCAGGAUGCAUUUCUGCAUGUCUAGUCAUGCAAAGAGGGAGAGCGUGAGAAUGCAGGCCCAAAACAUGUUUACAGUACGAGAUACACAUCCUGAUCUACUGUAGGCACCGUGCCACAAUUAAAGUCGUCGUCGCGGCCCUGACAUCUGCUGCACAAGUUGAGGUACAUGCAGACAAGUUAAAAGCAUUUGCUUUCAAUGCCGGUAUCUUCAUUUGUGUCACAGAAGAGAAGUUUGCUGCUUGAUCUUUGCUGAUAAAAGAAGCUGUUUCAGGAAAAAGAAUCGCUGCGUGUUGAGAUAUUUAGAGACCGUUUCCUGUGUUUGAAAUUUACCUUGGAUUAAGGAACAGCAUUGUGACUCACAGCUGUCAGAGGUGCAGCAUGGGAGCAGAGCUGGCAACACGACGUGUGUUUGUGGGUAGGGUAGGGCGGUGGGGACCAGAUGUUGUCCGCCCCCCCCCCCCCUACGAUGGGGAAUAAAUUCUAUCACUCACACUGCAGGUGGUGGGAAAAAAGGAGGGAGGAGAAGAGGAGAAAGAGGAGAAAGAGGAGAAGAGAAGGAGUGAGUGAGAAAUAACGGCAAACAGGAAGCAGGGACCUUACAACACAAUGCUCGCAGAGUUUCCUGCAGGCUCAGACAGAUAAGGACCAACACUUUGUUUAAAGCUGAGUUUUCACCAGCAAAUGUUUCCCACUCUCUAAAAGCACUUCUUAAGACGCUUGAACAAUUCUUCUGUACCACAGCUGGGACAAUGUGAGUUAUUGAAUUUGGACAAAUAAUAACAAAAUCCUUCACGAUGCCUCAACAUAUUAUAAGCAGACCAUUUUGAUAAAAGGAAAAUACACAAAGGAAGAGCAUGGCCAUUAUCACAAUGUGGGGCCCUCUUCAUAGGAGACAUGGCCUGGGAGAAACACACUGUGAUGAAGGUGUGAAGGCUCGAUCACAAACAAUUAUCACCUCCAGCAUCGUCACUUGCACAUUUCUUAACACUAAACAUGAAUCCUGGAGAUGUGCAUCUGAAACUAUUUCAUUAAAAGAGACAGUACAACAUGAGGUGUUGGAACUUGGAUCAAAACUUUGUCUUUUGAUGCUGCUAUUAUUUAUAUAACUAUAUUGCUUUAGUUCUUAGUGCUCCUAACAGUGGCAUUGCAGUGCAAUCUGUCUGAAAAGAUGGGAUGAGACUAAAUAAGAUAAAUAACCCUUACAGUCCUACAGUAGGGAAUAGGAAAGCAAAACAUUAGUAAAAUGUAAUACACAAGUAAAUAUGGGAUGUAAAUAUUAAACAUGAUUAAAAAACAGCAAUAAUGUAAACUAUAAUUACAAUGUAAAUAGGAUACAUAUAUAGUGUAAACAUGACUGCAUAGAGAAGAUAUUGAAAUUGCACAGAUAAACGAGUGUUAGUUGUGUAUUUAUGAACCCGGUCACCCUGACAGAGACAGGAUGAAACAUGGCACAUGAAGUUUCUGCUGGUGACAGCCUAACAAUGCCCCCCUCAGCUGUGCCCUUUGCCCUUUUACCCAGGAGAGUAGAGCUGCACUUUAUGUGCUCAACACGUGGCAACCAUGUAUGGAAAAAUCUAAUAUUUCUGUGACAAUAAGUUAAUUAAAUGUGAAGCUUAUGGAGCAUGAACCAGAAAACUGGAAACUGACUUUGUGUCUGAACUACAGUGACGUCUCGACCACUUCCUGCCUGUUUCACUCAUCAAACGUGCACAAAAAGAAACUUGGAGCAGGGACCGGAUGAAGCACAAGGUGGAAACAAACCUGCAAAUGUAGAUGCUGGAGCAACACUCUCAUCUACUGGUCAACUGCGGCACUGCAUACAAAUGUGACUUAAUUCCGUGCAGGUCUGAAUAGUGUUGGGCAAUAAAACAAUAUCAACGAUGGUCACAAUUAAAUAAAUAUAAUAAUAUAAAUACAACAAAAGUAAAAUUUAUAGUGAAAUAAAUGAUGUUUUUAUGUUUUGUUUUAUGGUUUUCACUGAAAUGAACGAAAUAAAAUAAUUCAAACUGAUAGGAUUCUUUCAAAUUGUGUAAGCCCAGUGAGGAGGUACAACACAUACUUGAUCUACCUUAGGUUUGUCAUUCUCUGCUCAUAACGUUUAAAUGGUUUAAAACAACUUCACUCAGUAGCAAAAAACAGUCUUGGCCAUAUUGCCUAUAACAAUAUUGUAAACAUUGGAAAUUCCCAAAGAUUGCUAAACUGGGCUCUACUUCGUGAGAUUAUAUUAUUUGGGCUCCAGGCGGAAUCAUUUCUUCAUACAAAAUCCUAAUGUGGGAUAUAUAUUUUUAAGAAAACCACACUUUCAGCUCUCAUUUGUGGUUUAUUCAUGUAAAGUUACAUUUAUACACUUACACACUGUCAAUGUAGGCUGUGAAUGUUGGGCCUAUAAAGAAAAUGCACAGUAUCCUUCAUGAUACUGAACUGUUUUGUGAGGUCAGAGGAGCUGACCUCCACCAGUGGUCAGCUCCUCUCGGUGGGAGUGACCAUGUAAAUCUGCAUCAAAGGGAAACAGUCACAGAGCUGGGUGGGGGGGACCCCUCAUCUGAUUGGACGCCAUUGUUCUUUCAAAUCGAGGUGUCCUCCAGCUUUUAUUGUCACCAACAGACCCUUGGGGGGUAGAAGACAUCUUUUACAGUAACAGUGCACUGCCGCAUGGAGCUGCUGGGAUAAUGGAGGAAUAACAAGGGGGGAAACAUGGCAGAGGCCUGUCAGAGACGUGAUAAACCCACCAAGCUGAGGGAAGAGCUGAGCUGCAUGCUGGUCGGUGAUGGAGCUGUGGGGAAGACCAGCAUGAUCAUCAGCUACAUCUUCAAUGGAUACCGCAGCGAGUACAGGCAAACCGCUUUUGAUGUUUUUACUGGUUUGGUUCAUGUGAACGGCCUCCCAACUCGUAUCAAACUAAUAGAUACAGCAGGACAGGAGGAGUUUGGACAUCUACGUUCUCUGUGCUACGCCCAUGUGGACGUCUUCAUCCUCUGCUUCAGCCUGGUCAACCCCGUCUCCUUCGAAAACAUCACCUCCAAAUGGAUCCCGCAGAUCCGGGCCGGCAACCCAACCUCUCCUAUAGUCCUGGUUGGAACUCAGUCCGACCUCAGCCACAAUGUGGACGUCCUUAUUCAUCUGCACCAGCUGAGCACCAAACCAGUGCACUGCAGCCGGGCCAGAAGGCUGGCACGCAGGAUCAGAGCUCACGACUACGUGGAGUGUUCAGCUCUGACACAAAACAACCUCAAACAUGUGUUUGACUGUGCUGUGUCUGCUGCCAUUCAGCACAAGCAAACUGGCACUAUACCUAAAAAGCUCAGCCUAAUUAAACGUUCAAAGCUUUUUUGUGUUUGGAGGAAGAUCUUUGGAUACUUCUGAAUCAAAGAGUGAAUUGAAUGUUCUCAGUGUCUUUUCAGUCAUGACAAACUAUGCUUUUUUCCGGAUGAUAAUUAUAUUUCUUUGCAAAAAGAGGAUUCUGCACUAAAAGAAAAGGACUUAAACUGUGCACUGACACCCAUGCUUCGGGUCCUGCAAGAAAUGUGAUUAUCAGUGGGCUCUUUCCCCAUUGACUCUUUCUGUUUUG